GCUGAGAAUAGAAUGCGGACGCUUUCUGAUUGCACGUAUCAUUUAAAAAAUUAAUGCUUCGUUUAUAGCAAUGCAUAACAUUGGCUCCGCACCGGCGAAAAAUUUUUCCUAUCGAUCGAUCCACGACAAGAAAGGGCAAACGCGCGAAGCUUCGACCUCGCGACUUUUUAUAGUUCCUGAUCGAGUAAUAUGCAAGGAAAAAAAUAGGGUUAGGAAUAUCGUCAAAAAGAAUAACAGUGAGGAUUUUUUCAACUGUCGUUGCGAAUUGGGUACAAAAGAAGGGAUUAAAAAUAUGCAUUCGUAGAAAAUGCGAUAUAUCCUAACGCAUAAUGUCUCCUGAACCUACUCAAGAACCAAUAGAAGAAAAUUUAAAUGUACCUAAUUUGAUCAUUGAUACAAGAAUGGCAACAGAUUCUGACAGCGAAGAUGAAGAUGUUGGAAUGGCAGGAUAUAUGCCAUUAUCUCAAUUACCUACUGAUAGCGAUCUUAUAUUAGAGGAUGAUGAAGAUGACGAAUGGAUAUCUCAGACUGGAGAAACAAAUCAUGCAGUACCUGUAUCAUUAAACGAUUCACAGCAGACAUGCCUUAGCGAAACAAUAGAAGUAUGGUCAUCUCCAUCUAAUAGAUCUAAUAUAGAUAUGGAUGCAGAUAAAAUUAAUCAAGUAAAAUCAAUGAUGGCAACUUUCACAUUACCGUCCACAGCAAUUCCAGAAUGGGCAAAUACCAUUUCUGAAGAAGAAUGGAAAGAACAAUUAAUCGAUCGUAUAAAAGAGAUGCAAAAUAAAGAAAAAUGAGGCUAAA